GCGGGCAUGCUUUGCUCUCUCGGUUUGAACUUGAGUGCAGAUUUCCUCUCGAGAUCAUGAUGGUUGUGUAUGCUUUUCUCCUGCCAAAAAGCGUUUAGUUCAGUUGAGCGGAUGAACCUGUACGGAUUGUUCGAGAUCACGUCGCUGGGGCACGAAGUAACGAUCAACGGUCAACGAUGACGUUUCUUGGCGGAUUGUGUCUUAAAGUGUGCGUCAUGGUUUGUCUAUGGCAUAGUUUCACAUGGGCGACACCUGUGCCGCAAGAACAGAUGUUGUCGAUUGUCGCCAAAAGACAAGCUAAGGGUGGAAGCGAUCGCCCCAAGAUCCGGAACGAAGUGGCCGAAUUUCUCGAAAGUGGAAAAAUGAUUAACGACUACGUUUGGGUGGACGUCACGACGAAGAAGUUUGUGCCCGUUCCAGGGAAUGAUCUGGAAUUCGGAAACUGCUCCGAGUCGGAUGAGUUGAUAUAUUUCGACAAUACGGUGAUAGAGAACUCAGGACCAAGUACUUUGAAUGGAACGUUGGAGAUCUACAUAGAUGCACCAGUCAAUAUAACAUGUGUGAGAGCAAUCGAUCAAAUCAAAGAUGGUUUCGGUGCCGUUCCGACGUACAAUUCGAUGGGUUCAAAUUGGGCUAAGAUUGAUGUUUCUGGUCAGUACGGAAGGGGCUUCCAUUUCCACAUAUAUGUUUAUGGCACACGACAAAAGAAGAGCAGUUACGAGAAAGAGAAAGAACGCAAGGACAGUCAAUCUAAUCUGGUGUAGCACAUUAGCUUGGCGUGGACAAUAAUAGCUUUAUGUGUAGAUAGUAGUGUUUCAAAAACGUUUAGCGUAAGUAGUAUAAUUGAAAUGCUGUUGUUAAUAUGAUGAAAAUCGUAUCUUCAAGAAUAAAACAAUAACCGUUAAGUCACUACCGUAAAAUCGGGUGUAAUUGA